AUGCCGGUUGCCAGAAGUUGGGUUUCUAAGACCUAUGUGACCCCAAGGAGACCCUUCGAGAAGUUGCGUCUCAGGAACCAGGAACGGAAGCUCAUCGGAGAAUAUUGGCUCCGGAAUAAGCGUGAGGUGUGGAGAGUCAAAUUUACCCUGGCCAGGAUCCGCAAGGCCGCCCGAGAGCUGCUAACGCUGGAGGAAAAGGACCCACGGCGUCUUUCCGAAGGCAAUGCUCUGCUGAGGCGACUUGUUCGCAUUGGGGUGCUGGAUGAAGAAAAAAUGAAGCUGGAUUACAUCCUGGGCCUGAAGAUUGAGGAUUUCUUGGAGAGGCGGCUGCAAACCCAGGUCUUCAAGCUAGGUUUGGCUAAAUCUAUUCACCAUGCCGGUGUGCGUCACAUCAGGGUGCGCAAGCAGGUGGUGAAUAUCCCGUCCUUCAUUGUUCGUCUGGACUCCCAAAAGCACAUUGAUUUCUCCCUCCGGUCUUCUUAUGGUGGUGGCCGACCAGGCCGAGUGAAGAGGAAGAAUGCCAAGAAGGGCCAGGGUGGUGCUGGAGCUGGUGAUGAUGAGGAAGAGGAUUAAGUUAAUGUCUCCCUGGACUGGAGAAUUGUCUAGUUUUCCAGUUGGCUAAUAAAAUAGAAUUAACAC